AACAUGGCGGUCUCUGUAACACCGCUUCGCUCCUCCUUCCGAAUGUGUAGCCCGUUGUAUUUACACCAUCACCGCUGCCGGGCCAAUCUGCGGAUACAGAGAAAGUGUGAAUGCCAGUGGAGACGCGUGCACCAAGCUGCGACAAGACAUGAAGCAGUGGUGUUUUCUGGGACAGUGUUGGCUCGACAAAUCCACAGAGAAAUACAACGGGAUGUGGAGGAGAUGGUCGCUCAGGGUAACAUGAGACCCCACUUAGCUGUGGUCAUAGUAGGAGAUGAUCCAGCCAGUCACACCUAUGUCCGAAAUAAAACCCGGGCUGCCAAUAUUCUUGGGAUUUCAAGUGACACAGUUGUCCGGCCAAGCUCUGUCUCUCAAGAGGAACUGCUGGAGCUGAUUGACAAAAUGAACCGAGACUGGAGAGUUAGCGGUCUCUUGGUACAAUUGCCUCUUCCUGAGCACAUCAAUGAGCGAGCUGUGUGUAAUGCCAUUGCUCCAGAGAAAGACGUGGAUGGCUUCCAUAUUGUCAACAUUGGGAAGUUGUGCCUGGACCAGAGAUCCAUGAUCCCUGCCACACCUGCAGCUGUGUGGGAGAUUAUCAAGAGAGCAGGAAUUGAAACAGUGGGCAAGAAUGUGCUGGUUGCUGGCCGCUCGAAGAAUGUUGGAAUGCCCAUUGCAAUGUUAUUGCACACAGACCGUUACCAUGAGCGCCCGGGGGGUGAUGCCACCGUGACCAUCACUCACCGGUGUACUCCGAGGGAACACCUGAAGGAGCUGGCUAACCUGGCUGACAUCAUCAUCGCAGCUGCAGGUGUCCCAGGGCUGAUAACUGCUGAUAUGAUAAAGGAAGGAGCUGCAGUCAUUGAUGUGGGAAUCAACCGCAUUCACGACCCCAAGACAGGAAAACUCAGACUCAUAGGAGAUGUAGACUUUCAGGGAGUGAAGCAGAAAGCAGGUUUUAUCACUCCUGUUCCUGGAGGCGUAGGUCCAAUGACAGUCGCCAUGCUGAUGAAAAACACUGUCAAGGCAGCUAGGAAUGCUCUGACGCACUAGGCACAUAAUACAACAACUUUAUCAAUGAAUGAACACUCAUGCUAAACUAUAUACAAACAUACAAAUACACAACCAUUGUACAAACAUUUAUUUAAUUACAUGUACACAUAUUGAUAUUUCUUAUUGCCUCAACUCAUCUGCUGGAAAACGUACUUGAUAUUAUUGUAUAUUAUUUAUUUAUUUAUUUAUUUAUUUCAGUUAUUUAUUCAAAGGUUACAUUUUUACCAAAUCAAAUUAAUAUUUUUUCUACAGAAGUUGUUUUGUUCUGAGCAUUCCAGAUUCACUGGAAGUUAUCAAUGAAAUAAAUGCUGUGCCAACAUUAAUUUCAUUUCCCCUUUACGUGUCUGUUACUAUUAAGAUUAUUGUGCAAAAUUCACUCUUGUGAGCUUUAAGCCAUGUUAUAAUUCUGUUGUCUCCUCAAAAACAUACCUGGAGUUGUGUUUGUUUCAUUCUCCUAUGUUUGAGUAACCCUUUAUUAGGUAGUCUAUCAACAUCUCUAUAACUCAGAAUGCUCUGUUCCACCUUGUGAUGUCAUGAAGCGGUCAUUUUCAAGUUGACAUCUAUGUCUUACCUUUAGUUUAGGAGAGAUCAGCAAUUCGCUGAAGCGCUGAAAUAAUCCAAAUAAUUGUACUGAAAUUUAAAAUCACAGUGAAGCACAAACAGAUUUUUUCUGUUUGAGCCUAAAUAUGCGGGGUUUGUGUGUUUAAAUGUGUAAAAGAAACAAAAUACAACUCCAGGUAUGUUUGUGAUGAUGAAACAAAAUUAUAACAAAGAUCAGAAAAUAGCGUAAUAUGGGCCCUGUAAAAAUGUACUCUGUAACUUUUAUGUUUGUUGACAUUUGCAAGAUGCUAGUUUCAUGGAGGUGUUGAUUUGCCUGUAAUGUUCCACAGUAUGACAUUUGGCUUAUAUCUAUCUUAUUUUUUAUGUAAUUGAAUUGCAACUUUUUUUUUACUAUGACUGAUCACCUCUAAUUUGUUCUGCUGGCGUCAUCUGCUGGCCUUAUCUGCUUGUCUCUGUUGGGAUGGAUAAAUUUAAUGUCAUAUUGUGAAACAUACCAGCAUUUCCAUGGCAUACCUUUAGUUUGACAAGUCACUCAGUGACCCUCUUAACUAAACAUCUUGUCAUUCAAAGAUCUUAAAACCAUACUGAACAGAUCUUUUAACAAUGCGGUACUUACGUUUUUGGUUUUCUGAGGCAGUCACAUUUCAGAAGCACAGGCCUGUCUGGACACGUUGGCUGUCAAGUGAAACUGGGAAAGGAAAUGUGAUUUAGGAGGAAGGAAAAGCUUUUAUUCUCAUAAAUGGUGCUACUCACUGAUUGGCCGAUUUCCCAUGCUUUAUAAAAGAUCUGUCAAAACCAGUUAAACUUCAGUCUCGCUAAGCUGUAGACGUCGGCUUCACUAUGUUUAGUCAAAGAAACUCCAGAACGGCUCUCCUUCCAGUGUUGGCGGUGCUCUUCCUUUUUUAUACAAUGGGACAAACUGCCGCAUCUACAGACACCAUCGACACUACACCAUUUCCAGCAGUGACAAACUCAUCCUUGAGCACACAACUCAACAACAGUAGCGCUGUUAAGUCACAUAGACCAUGUGGUAGUGACAAUGUGAACUUCUGUUUAAACGAUGGCCAGUGCAUUUACUACCAGGACAGAAACGAACCAUCAUGCCAGUGCCAGUUUCCUUUUGGAGGUGAGCGCUGCGGGGAAAGCCUAACCCUUACCGUUAAAAGAAACAAUUCUGAGCAGCUCAUUGGAGUUAUUGUUGGUGUUCUAAUGGUGAUCUUUGCUCUGGUCAUCAUUAUUUCCUGCUGUUUACUUAAGAGGUGUGUAAAGUCAGUCCCUCUAAAAACAUCUUCACCAGAAACCCAAGUAUGACUUCUGCUUCCUCCUUGGCUGCCAUUAUGAUCAUCAUGGCCAAGCAUUUUUAUGCGUCAUAGACCAACGGUUUUUGAGUCGACUUUUUGUCAUGUUAUUUAUUGUAUUUAGGUAUUUAUUGUGAAUAAUUAACUUAUCUUUUGUAAUAAGUAUAUAAUAAAGUUUUUUACAUUUUUAAAAUA